GUUGCAUUAAGCAUUUAUAUGAAAACUAUGUUACGGUUAACUUCUUCAUGAUGAGAACUGUUAUAUUUAUAUCGACUGCGCUUCUUGCAUUUCUGAUACAAAAUGUGGAAUCAAGAGCUAUCAGGGCUGCUUAUCGCAAUCCAGAAGAAAACAGAAUAAAUGAACCUGCUCAAUACAGAGGAAUGUGGUCAGUGCCUAAAUUUGGAACCAAAUAUCAAGCCCCAAAUAUGCAGGAAGAAGAGAACAGGAGAAUUGAAAACAACAUCCAUUCUCGAAUUGAAGCUUUGAAAAAUACUGUAAAAAGAGAAGUUGCCGAAGAGGAAAGUAUGAGAAGAUAUAAUUAUAAUAACGACAUUAGCAGGACAGCAGAACAAUCCUUAUCAAGCAAUAAUGAUGCAGGCAACAGCUUCAGUUCUUAUGAAUAUCAAGACGAGGCAGAAGAGAAAAAAAGAAUUGAGAACAGCAUCAAUUCCCUAAUUGAAGCUUUGAAAAAUGCUGUAAAAAGAGAGGUUGCCAAAGACAAAAGUAUAAGAAGACAUAAUUAUAAUAACGACAUUAGCAGGACAGCAGAUCAAUCCAUAUCACAAAAUAAUGAUGAAGGUAACAGCUUCAGUUCUUAUGAAUAUGAAGAUGAGGCAGAGGAGAACAUGAGAAUUGAGAACAACAUCCAUUCUCGAAUUGAAGCUUUGAAAAAUGCUGCAAAAAGAGAGGCUGCCGAAGAGGAAAGUACAAGACGAUAUAAUAAUAAUAAAUACAUUAGGAGCACAGCAGAACAACCCGUAUCACACAAUAAUGAUGCAGGCAACAGCUUCAGUUCUUAUGAAUAUGAAGAUGAGGCAGAAGAGAACAUGAGAAUUGAGAACAACAUCCAUUCUCGAAUUGAAGCUUUGAAAAAUGCUGCAAAAAGAGAGGCUGCCGAAGAGGAAAGUACAAGACGAUAUAAUAAUAAUAAUAAAUACAUUAGGAGCACAGCAGAACAACCCGUAUCACGCAAUAAUGAUGCAGGCAACAGCUUCAGUUCUUAUGAAUAUGAAGACGAGGCAGGAGGGAACAUGAGAAUUGAGAACAACAUCCAUUCUCGAAUUGAAGCUUUGAAAAAUGCUGCAAAAAAAAAGGUUGCCAAGGAAAAUAAAAUUAUCAGGACACCAGAACAAUUCUUAUCACACAAUAAUUAUGCAGGUGACAGCUUUGGUUCUACUAAAUAUGAUGAAUCAGAAUAUGAAGAUGAUGCAGAAUGGCACAGGAGAAUUGAAAAUAACAUUCAAUCUAGGAUUGAAGCUUUGAAAGAAGACAUAAAAAAAGAGAUUGCCAAAGGUAAAAUUAAAAGUAGAAAUAAAAAUACAGAAGUUAAGAGGAAAUCAGAAGAAUCUCAAUCACAUAAUAAUGAUAGAGAUGACAUUAUGGAAGAGCUACAAAAUUUCAAUCAUCCAUACAAAUCAUCCUCUCUUCAUGGUAAAGGUGGAGGCAUGGCCUAUCCUGCGGUUUUGAUGAAUGUAAAAACAGCUAUCAUUAAUAUUCAAGACGGGAAAAACAGAGAUUCUAACAACAUAAGGGUCGAGGGUUCAAACACUGUGAAAGGAAAUGAUGAACUACGUGACAGCAGUAUGAUGUUACCAGAGGAACUGUUAUCAUUAGUUGAAGGAAGAAAUGAAAUUGUCCAGCCUAGUGGUGGGAGAAGCAAAUCUGAUUAUGAUUUUGGUGAUUUAUCUCAUUAAAAUUAGAAUUAUGAACUCCUGUGAAGGAAACGGAGGAGAAAAAAAUCCAGAGAAGUCUGAAACACAGACAAGAGAUCUAUCCAUUCCUGAGGUACACAGCAAGAAAACAUUGGAUGUUACUAUUUUAAUCCUAAUGUUGUGAACAUAAUUGUAAAUAGUGUUAACCUUAUAGUGUUAUACAGGACUACAUGAUUUGACCUUCUUAUGUCAUCCUCAAGUUCAUCUUAAAUAUCAAAUGGUACAAAUAAGGCAGCUGGUAGCUGAUUCACGGAUCAAUGCGAGGACUGUACAUGAUGUAUACAGGGUGAUUCAAAAGGUUAGAAUUGUCAUAUUUAAGGUUGGAUACUAAAUACUGAAUUGAUAUACAUAAUCACAUUUUUAAAACACAAGUGAGAGUUAAAAAUGUUUUUUUCGUGGCAGGAUGACCACCGUCCUGCUCAUGUGGCUGAAGGUGGUGCCAACAAAGCGUGUCUGUUGGGUUGAAGAUCUCUCUAACGUGCAGUGAGAGACUGGAGAAUCUGCUGUUUGCUUUAACCACUGUCUAAGAAGGUGUUAUGAAGAAGAUUUAUUUAUAAUUUAUUCUGUGGAAGAUUGUUGGAAUCACAGAUAGCCUUGACCCUGUGAACCAGGGUGGAGUCAAUCAGAUAAGAGGUUAUGUGCGGGAUUCCUGCCCCAAGCAGUCAACGUGUCUCCUUUUCCAGAAAGAAAAUGUAGCUGUCUGUUCCAGACCCUUAGUCAACAUUGUGAAUUGAAUGUUUGUGGAUGCUAUUGAGGUUGAAGUACGAAGUAACGCUCACACACAUCAACCUCUAUCUGAAUGCCAAGUCUCUUCACCAUCUGGCUAACAGGGCCAAGGUUAUCCAUGAUUCUGAUAGCCUUUCAUACAACCUAAAUUUACUUCAUGAAACAUUCUUAAACAAUGGGUCCAAACACAAUGUCAAGACAGUGGGCUUCCUGCUAAGAAAGCUGUCCAUUUUCUUUCAGUCCAUUAUUUGUAUCCUGGCCCCAGCAAUGUCAGGUAUAUAUGGUAUAUUGUCACUCUGUACACAGCCUGCAGCCAACCAUCUCUGUCUCCUACACGGAGACGCCCCAUUGGCUUGGAUUACUUCCCCUCAUUCCUUGUCUCUGACUGACCCAAACCCAAAUUCUUCUGUACAUUUUUCUCCAUUUCCCAGCAUCAGGACUCGAAAAAUAUCACAGGCUCAAACUUGCCAGCGGUCACAUGUACAACCAUUCAAGUCACCAAGGAGCCAUUAUGGCUCAGUCUAAGUAAGAUCUACUGUAUAAUGUACAGUCUAGCAGACUCCUUUUAUAAAUUGCACAUAUUAUAAAAAGGGAUGUAAAUAAAUGUGCAGUACAAUGCAUAUACUGUGUAACCAGCAUAAAAUAAAAUAAAUUUAAAUUUUGUUA